AUGGACAUGGGCAACAUGGGCCACACCAUCCCACAGGUAACGCCUACAUGUACUUCCCAUACGUCUGCAUCGCACCACAAAUUGACGCACUCCCCGGAACAUGGGCCACACAAAGCCUCUCACAGUCACGGGCAUGGACAGUGGCACAGACACGUCCACCACAGCACUCACCUGCACAAAGCACCACAUCCUCAUGGAAACAAUGUAGAGGAAGAGGACAGCAGAGGGAAAUCGGAGAAGAAAGGGCUUCUGAAACUCUUGAUCUCGGGAGAGCCGCAGGCCAAGCACUUGUUUGGAAUCAUAUACAAUGAUUUCAAAGACUGUGAGUGCUACGGCCACUCCAACCGCUGCAGCUACAUCGACUACCUGAACAUCGUGACCUGUGUGAGCUGCAAGCACAACACCAGGGGCCAGAACUGCCAGCACUGCAGGCUGGGAUACUACCGCAACGCCUCGGCCGAGCUGGACGACGAGAGCGUCUGCAUCGAGUGCAACUGUAACCAGAUGGGCUCAGUCCACGACCGCUGCAACGGCACCGGCUUCUGUCAGUGUAAAGAAGGAGCCACCGGAGCCAAGUGUGACGACUGUGUGGGCGGAUUCUUCUGGAAACAAGGCUGUUACCCUAACGUGUGCGACGAAGAGAUGCUCCUGUGCCAGAACGGAGGGACCUGCUUCCAGAGCCAGAAGUGCAUAUGUCCUCCGGAGUUUAAAGGUGUCCUGUGCCAACAGUCUCGCUGCGAGGCGGGGAAGGACUGCAACAGCGCACCCUCACUACACUCCACAGCUGUGCUACUGUUCUGCACUCUGCUAACUCACCUGCUGGCCACGUUAAGCCCCCACUGA